AUGGCUUCAAAUUCCAUCAAUGCAGGAUGGCCCAAAAUCGCAUUGUAUGCGGCUGGAAAUUCGAUUACCAUGAAUUCAAAAAGCUUGGAGACAAUUCGUGAACCUUCUCCCAAUGUUGCCACUAAUUUGACUGUUCCGAUGUACCCUGCCGGACUAGGUGAUGAGGAGAAAGAGGUGGGAGUUGCAGGAGCGGGAGAAACAGUAGGGGAUGGAAAAUUCCUACUGGAAGUGUCAGGACCAAGAGCAAGAGAAGGCAAGGAGGGUGUGGCAGGACCAGGAGAAGACUCAGAGGGAGAAUUAGGAGAAGGCGAGAUUGGUGAAUUUGGAGCAGGAGGCGAAGGAAAAGAAAUGGGAGUGGGAGUGGAAGGAGCAAGUAAAGGAGGAAGGGGUGGUAAAUUUGGAGUCAUAGGGAUUAGAGGGUUCAAUAUUGGAAUAUUAGGAAGAUCUGACAUUCCUGGAAUGGACGGCAUUCCAGGAAUGGACGGCAUCCCAGGAAUUCCAGGAAUGAAUGACAUUCCAGGAAUAUUAAAGAGUGGUGGUGCAUUUGAGAAUCCUGGAAUAGAUGAGAAUCCUGGAAUUGAUGAGAAUUCGGGAAUUCCUGGGAUGGAUGGUAUUCCAGGGAUGGAUGAAAUCUUUUCAUUGCCAAUUGUCUCCUUAGUGGUAUUCUCAUUUUCUUGUUUAUUUUCUAAUAAUUUCUCAGUGAGAAAACGAGCAUUUACAAAGGUUGAUGAGAAGAGAAUAACCGAGCAUAGUAUGAAAGUUAAAUUGAAGGCCAUUUUUGACAUGUUGGUGUAA